AUGGGGUGGUGGGCUGGUGGUGGUGAGAAGGAUACAUUUCCACUUUCUCGCUUUAGAAGCUGUGAUGCUGACUUUAGUCUGGAGGAGAAGUUAGACUCGCUGUUUCAUCACAGUUUCAUCCUGCAGCGCUGUGGAUCCCAACAUAGGGGUCUGGACCCUUCCAAGGGGCCGCGAGAUGAAACAAAGGGAAUGCAAGGUCGCCAUGUCAAAACAGGCCAACUUGCUGCCAUUAAGGUCAUGGACGUCACAGGAGAUGAGGAGGAGGAGAUUAAAGCAGAGAUUAACAUGUUAAAGAAGUACAGCCACCACAGGAACAUCGCCACCUACUAUGGAGCCGUCGUCAAGAAAAACCCUCCAGGGAUAGAUGAUCAGCUGUGGCUGGUGAUGGAGUUCUGCGGCGCCGGUUCGAUUACGGAUCUGAUCAAAAACACCAAAGGGAACACUCUGAAGGAGGAGUGGAUCGCCUACGUCUGCAGAGAGAUCCUCAGGGGUCUGACCCACCUCCACCAGCACAAGGUCAUCCACAGAGAUAUCAAGGGCCAGAAUGUGCUGCUGACGGAGAACGCAGAGGUUAAACUAGUGGACUUUGGUGUGAGCGCUCAGCUGGAUCGUACGGUGGGGCGGAGGAACACGUUCAUCGGGACGCCGUACUGGAUGGCCCCCGAGGUCAUCGCCUGUGACGAGAACCCUGACGCCACAUAUGACUUCAAGAGUGAUCUGUGGUCGCUCGGUAUCACAGCUAUAGAGAUGGCUGAGGGAGCGCCGCCUCUGUGCGACAUGCAUCCAAUGAGAGCGCUCUUCCUUAUCCCCAGAAAUCCUGCCCCCAGACUCAAGUCUAAGAAGUGGUCGAAGAAGUUCCAGUCCUUCAUCGACAGCUGUCUGGUGAAGAGCCACAGUCAGCGGCCGAGCACGGAGCAGCUGCUCAAGCACCCGUUCAUCCGGGACCUUCCCAACGAGCGGCAGGUCCGCAUCCAGCUGAAGGACCACAUCGACCGCACCAAGAAGAGGAGGGGGGAGAGGGAUGAGACAGAGUACGAGUACAGUGGGAGUGAAGAGGAGGAUGAGGAGAGGGACGUCGGAGAGCCCAGUUCCAUCAUCAACAUCCCCGGGGAGUCCACCCUGAGGCGGGACUUCCUGCGCCUCCAGCUGGCCAAUAAGGAGCGGUCGGAGCUGAUCCGGCGCCAGCAGCUGGAGCAGCAGCAGAACGAGGAACACAAGCGCCAACUGCUGGCGGAGAGGCAGAAACGCAUCGAGGAGCAGAAAGAGCAGAGGCGACGGCUGGAGGAGCAACAGCGCCGGGAGCGAGAGAUGAGGAAGCAGCAGGAGCGAGAACAGAGGCGCAGGUACGAAGAGAUGGAGCAGCUCCGGCGAGAGGAGGAGAGGAGGCACGCAGAGAGAGAACAGGAGUAUAUCCGUAGACAGCUGGAGGAGGAACAGAGGCAGCUGGAGAUCCUGCAGCAGCAGCUCCUGCAGGAGCAGGCUUUACUGCUGGAGUACAAGAGGAAGCAGAUCGAGGAGCAGCGGCAGGCCGAGCGGCUGCAGAGGCAGCUGCAGCAGGAGCGAGCGUACCUGGUGUCGCUGCAGCAGCAGCAGGAGCCGCCGCGCCCGCCGGGGGCGCCGCAGGACAAGAAGCAGCUGUACCACUACAAAGACCAGGCGCCCAGCACCAACGACAAGCCGGCCUGGGCCAAAGAGGUGAUGCGUCGAGCUCAGAGCAACUCUCCUCGCGUCCCUCCCAAGAAAUACCACUCCUUCAGGGAGACGAGCAACAACAGCGACAUCCUGAGCAACCUGCUCUUACUGCCCGGUUACAAACCUCCGCGCCCGCGCCCCCCUUCCUAUCCCGCUCACAUCAGCCCUACUAGGGAUCACCACCACUUGCCUCAAAUCCAGGUCACCUGCGUCCCAGAGACGCGCCAGCAGCAGAGCCCCAGCAGGAGCCCCGAGAGGAGCUCCGACUCCAGGGGCCGGAGCCCCGGCCGCCGGGUGGAGGAGCAUUAUAAGAUGAACAGACAGACUUCUCCUGCCUUGCAGCACAAAGUCUCAAACCGGAUCUCGGACCCGUCGCUGCCCCCCCGCUCCGAGUCUUUCAGCAGCGGAGGCAUCCAGCAGGCCCGGACCCCGCCGAUGCACCGCCCCGUCGAACCUCAGAUGGCCCACCUGGUGCAGGUGAAGAGUCACGGCCUGUCAGGCUCCCAGUCUCUGUACGACCCCCACGGCGUGUCCUCCUCCUCGGCAUCGCCCUCCCCCUCCCGGCCUCCCAUGCCCCGGCAGAACUCCGACCCCACCUCCGACACCCCUCCUCCCCUGCCCCUGUCCCGCCUGGCGCCCCCCCUCGACAAGCUGGACCGCCGCUCCUGGCUGCGGCAGGACGACGACGUGCCCCCGAAGGUUCCUCAGAGGACCACCUCCAUCUCUCCCGCUUUGGUCAGGAAGCACUCUCCUGGAAAUGGACCGGGCCUGGGGCCUCGGGCUGGGGCUCACCUCAUACGGGCCAGCAACCCUGACCUGCGGAGGACCGACGUCUCCAUGGAGACGCCCCUGAAGAGGACGAGCAGCGGCAGCUCCUCAAGCUCCAGCACCCCCAGCUCCCAGGGAGGCUCCAAUGAACGAGGUAAUUCAGCCGCUAAGACCGAAGGCUCGACACUGUCUUCCCACGAGACCAAAGAUGAAAUGAGCUAUAAGAAAGCUGUAGACGAGGAGGAGUUGGACCUGACGGCUCUGGCCAAAGAGCUGCGGGAGCUGCGGCAGGGGGAGGAAACCAGCCGCCCGCCCGUCAAAGUGACGGACUACUCCUCGUCCAGUGAGGACUCCCACAGCAGCGAGGACGAGGAGGGAGAGGGCGGGGCUAACGACGGGUCAGUGGCUGUCAGCGAUAUACCGCGCAUUAUGCCGGCGGCGAGCCAAGGUACCAACGAGUCCUUCGGCAUGAUUGGAGGUCACAGCGACGGCCACGAGGACUCGUUUGGAAACAGCUCCCAGGACAGCACCCUGAUGAUGCGUGAGAAACAACGGAGGCGGAGCUCUGCCGCCAGCAACGGUUUCCCCGGCAACACUAAUCUGUUCGCCGGCAACACCAAUCUCCCUGAUUUGGUGCAGCAAAGCCCCUCCCCCCUGGUCUCCCCUGGCGACGCCUCUGGGGCCCAAUACGGGAUGGGCAGCAGCGGAGGCUCCAAGUCUUCCUUCACACCGUUCGUAGAUCCGAGGGUGUACGGGACCUCCCCGACUGACGACGACGAUAACAUCUCCGCCUCAGCGCUGUUUGCCGAUGAGCUGCUGAAGCACGAGCAGGAGCUGGAGCAGGCGAGGCUCAACGAGGCCCGCAAGAUCUCGGUGGUCAACGUCAACCCGACCAACAUCAGGCCGCACAGCGACACGCCCGAGAUCCGCAAAUACAAGAAGCGCUUCAACUCGGAGAUCCUGUGUGCGGCUCUCUGGGGGGUGAAUCUGCUGGUGGGGACGGAGAACGGCCUGAUGUUGCUGGAUCGAAGCGGUCAAGGCAAAGUUUACAACCUGAUCAAUCGCCGACGCUUCCAACAGAUGGAAGUCCUGGAAGGACUCAACGUCCUGGUCACCAUCUCAGGGAAGAAGAACAAGCUGCGUGUUUACUACCUGUCCUGGCUGAGGAACAGGAUAUUACACAACGACCCUGAAGUGGAAAAGAAACAGGGUUGGAUCACUGUUGGGGAGCUGGAGGGCUGCGUGCACUACAAAGUCGUGAAGUACGAGAGGAUUAAAUUUCUGGUGAUUGCUCUGAAGAACGCAGUGGAGAUCUACGCCUGGGCGCCUAAACCUUACCACAAGUUCAUGGCCUUCAAGUCGUUCACCGACCUGCAGCACCGCCCCCAGCUGGUUGACCUGACUGUGGAGGAGGGACAGAGGUUAAAGGUCAUCUACGGCUCCAGCGUUGGCUUCCACGUCAUCGAUGUGGACUCCGGAAACCCCUACGACAUCUACAUCCCCUCACAUAUUCAGGGUCAGGUGACCCCGCACGCCAUCGUGGUUCUGCCCAAGACGGACGGCAUGGAGAUGCUGCUGUGCUACGAGGACGAGGGCGUCUACGUCAACACCUACGGACGCAUCACCAAAGACGUGGUGCUGCAGUGGGGCGAGAUGCCCACCUCCGUCGCCUACAUCCACUCCAACCAGAUCAUGGGCUGGGGAGAGAAGGCCAUUGAGAUCCGCUCCGUGGAGACGGGACACCUCGACGGAGUUUUCAUGCACAAGCGAGCUCAGCGACUGAAGUUCCUGUCGGAGAGGAACGACAAGGUUUUCUUCGCCUCGGUGCGUUCUGGAGGCAGCAGUCAAGUCUUCUUCAUGACCCUCAACAGAAGCUCCAUGAUGAACUGGUAACCUUUCUCCUUUCGACCCACAACCCUCCUCUUCUUCACUCUGAUCAUCGCCCGACAUCAGGAGAGAGGGAUGACAGGAGGACAGUGUGUGUAUGUGUGUGUGUGUGUAUACCAUAUAUGUGUGUGUGUGUUUGUGGAGGAAAUCAACGAGCUGCUGAACGGACGGUUGAGCGAGCGGAAGGACGAGCACGGAUGGCGUCCGCGCCUGCUGAGGAAAGGUGACUCCACCCGCUUGACGGCGGCCGACGCCUUCCCCCCGUUCCCUGUGGACGGUUAGAUUUGGGGCGGAUGGUCGUUUUUCGGAGGGUUUAGAUCCAGACUUUAAAGGACACUGACAUCACGGCGAGUAGCCUUUUGACUUCCCCCGUUUGAUCGGACGGGGAGCUGCGGAGAAGUUCUCUGUGUAGCACAUUCAUGAUUUCCUACCGGGUGUUCACACUGCGAGUACGAUUUCGCCGUUCGACUCCGCUUGUUGGCGCUGAAUCCAGUCGGGCGUGUUUCGCUGCGCUGUGUUGUAGUGAGUAAACGUUACUGCUAGGCGAGGUAGCAUCAAGUCAGUCUGGACCGAACCAAAAUCACUUCAGUACGUCCACACUAAGCCGGCUGAAGUUUUCCCCGCCAGUUUGGCCAGUUUGGUGUUUUUCUCUCCCAAAUAUUUUUAGCUCAUUGAAAACAAAGUACGUAAAUCGAUAAACUCUUAACUAAUAACCAAAUGUUUUAGCGUAGACGAGCAGGAAUGAGCUUUUGGAGAACAACGUCAGCCUUCCCAGAAACAGUCGCUGCUGACUAGAAGAUACCGAGACGUCCAAUAAAGUCUCCUUUGCAAUCUGUGAUUUUUGGAUCGUUUUAGAAGACAAUCGUGAGAGAAACUUGGUGAAAUCUUUGGUCGCGAAUCCAGACAAUGGUCCUACACCAACAAUGAAGUACGACCCACAUCUAAAAACCAAUAUACGGCAUGAAAGGACACCGAAAACUGAUGUAAUGCUACAGCUGAAAACAUUGCCUCAAAGUCACAUGUCACACAUGUGAGCGCUGUGGACGAAGCUUGUUUUCCUUCAUUUUCCAAACCUGAGAUUACUGAUGCGAGUGUCUCUACUUGCAUCGGUUUGUUUUUCAAUCAAUAUCAAGAGCUACAAUUCAGCACUCGACAUCCAUCGGACAAUCUGACGUGCCUCGAAGCGGAUAUCGUACAGUCUGACACUGAUCGUGACCGAGACUUUAUUGGACUCGCCUCGCACCUUAAAAAGAGAUUUUGCCGUUUCCCUUUCGUUCAGGCAUUCGAGUACGAACACAGAAUGAAAACGCUAAUGUGGCAAGCUGUUCUCAUUCACGGUUAUACCUAGGGAAAGUAAUGCGUUCGUGUAUGGCCCACGUAAUCGUGUGCCAGGAUGUGCAGGGCUGCCUCAAAGGAAGAAGUCAGGUGAUGUAGUAUAAAGAUCGCCAUAGUCCAUGUAGGGAGGAGGUUGGGGUUGGAUGGAGGGGUCCAACAAACGAACACUUUCACUCAGGAGGCCGCUGUUCGUGUCCCGUGUGAAAGCAAAAGUCACCGUUGACUUUUUUUAAACUUACUUCUUACGUAACUUGCGUUCUUAACUAAUGCCAAAUACGUAAGAGAUGUAACAAACGUAGUUAUUUUAACCCAAAACAUGACCCUUUUCCAAAACCUAACUGAUCGCUCGUGUUGCUGAACAUUCGUAGGAUAAUAAUAAUAAUAAUAAUAAUAAUUCAGUCCCUCCAGAAAAACGCGUUUAUGCGAUCGCAUAAUUCAACGCAUAAUCAGCCAAAGGCCACAUAU